CGACUGCCCACGACUGAAACGCCGUUUGAUGCCGCACUGCUCCCCAGGUCCCCGGGCGAACUGUCACAACAACUCAACAACACCAGCGGAUAGAAGCUUUUUACAAAGAACCGUGCGAUACGGCAUUUCACAAUGAAUACCUUGACUGUGAGCGACGCUUCCGCCCCAUCUCGUGAUACUGCCAAGAAUAUGGAACAGCCGGGGACCAAAGUCAUGAAGAAGUUGUGGAUAGACACCAAGUCUUUGGACGUGCCAAAUGUUCUGAAUCCCGACGACUCCUUGAUGAAAAAAUUCCAAAGUGCUCUGCGAGAGCAUCUUACUCGCGUCGACAAUAAGUUAAACAGCGAAAUAUUAGAACUAGAGGAUAAUAUAAGAGCGAUGGAGAAAGAACGCGAAGCAGAAUGUUUACAAAUGUAUUACGCCCAACAGGAAAUAGCGCAGCAGCAAACGACAAUUGAAAAGUAUCAAAACAUGAUAGCAAAUGUGAUUUUAUUGCGCGAGCAGAAAGAUACGUGUAUAAAGAAUGCGAAAGAUGUUCAUAAAACUACCCAUGCCAAAUUGUUCGAGGAGAAAAAGAAAGAGGAGAAUCUCGUGCGCGAAUUGGAGCAGCUUACCGCUUUGCAAGCGCAAUUCUCGGAAUGGCAAACGGAGCUCGAAAAUAGUUUGGCCAUUUCCAAACAGGUGUCAAAGAAAGAUAAGGCAAUUCAGCGAGAUUUGAUCGCACAGAAACAGCAGAAAGACUGCAUAAUAUAUAAACUCAUGGAGGAAGUGUGGAGAAUUAAAACCGAGAUAGCCAAUUUGGACACGCAAUUGCAGUUGAAAAAUAAAGAAAAAAUUGAGGUCAAUCAGAUGAUCGCCGAUGUUAAUGCUGAUCUAGAAGCGUUGCAUAAGCAGCACAUGAAUUUGUGCAACGCCUGGAAUUCUGUUGUACUGAAUAUCGCUAAGCGGAAUAAAGUCUAUGAGCAACUAAACACAGAGCGUGAGAAAAUAUGUGAAUCUUUUAAUACAUUACAUACGGAAAUAGAGAAAUUAAAGAAAGAAACUUAUAAGGAAACAGAGAACAAUGAGAAUUUGACCUUGUUGCAUACACGAAUAGAAGAAAAUAUACAGAUUAAUACAAAAUUGAUGGAAAUGGGAAAUGAUAAACUCAAUAAUUUGGAAUCUGAAUUAGUAAAAAUAGCAAAGUUUAGUGAACAGGAGCAACACGAAUUCGAUUUAACUAAUAAUGAAUGGCAAUAUUUGUUACACGAAGAGGAAGAAACUGAUAAAGAAUUUACAAAAUUUCUAAAUAAGCAAAACGAGUUGGAAAAUACAAUAUAUAGCAAACUGGAAGAAAAAGUUGCGCAUAAUAAAGCGGCGCGGUAUUUGAAUAAAUUAUUAUUAGAUUCCAAAGAGACAAUGCAAGAACAAGAAUUGUUAUUGGUAGAAACAGAAAAUUCAUAUGGCAAAAAGUUAUUGGAAUUAGAACAACUUAAUUCAUAUAAAUCUCAUGAGAAGGUAGAAUUAGAAGAGCUCUUGCAAAGUAAUAAUAAAAAGGGAAAAGAGAUAGAUGAGAUUCAGAAAGAAAUCAAGAAGCAUGACAUAGCAAUUGAGAGGAAACAAAUGAAAGUUAUUUGCUUGAAUAAAACCAUUGAGGAGAUAUUAUCGCAUAGGGAAAAUGGAGAAGUUAAUCCUUUUAAUACGAAGAUAAAAACCUUGGAAAAAAAUAUAGAAGAAGUUCAGCAAAGUAAUCAAAAAGCACAGCAAUUGUGGAUUCGCCAAGAAGGAUAUAUGAUUACAUUGAGCCAACAGAGAGAUUUACAAUUGCAAGAACUUAAUCUUCUUAAUAAAGAAAUUAUGAUUAUGGAGCAGAAAAAUUUGAAACUAGAGCAUGCUUUGGAAAUGCUUAAUAAGGAAGACUCGAAUAUGGAGAGAAUGUUAAAUCUUCUGCAACAAAGAAUGGUACAAAUGAAUACACAAUUAGUCAUACAAAAAGGACUGAAGGAGGAGCUAGAAGACAAAAAUUCUAUUACGAAAAACGAGGGAAUACAGUCUCUUGAGGAUGCAGAAUUAAAUCUUAUAAAGCUGCAAAGUGAUUUAAAACAGUUGUAUGAAGAAAAAGCACUUUUGAAGGAAAAUUUAGAUGCAGUGCAACAAGAAAGUUUAUCAUGGGAGAAAAAAGUGCAGUUAAUGCAAGAAACAGUGAAAAGAUUGAGAGAUGAACGUAGUAGCGGUGGUGACAUUACAGCGAUGAAAAGUGAAAUACAUAAAAUGGAAAUGCGCCUGUCACAUUUGCGUAGGGCGCAAGAAAAAUUGAUUCAUGAUAUGGAGUUUUGUGUUGCGCGAAGAGAUAUUAUAUUAGACAAAGUUAUGAGUAAAUUUAAGAAAGAUCCUAAAGGACAACACAAUCAGAAAGUUAUAUUCCGUAAACGUCUUGCCGAUCAAAAGUUAAAGAUAAAACAAGUGGUGAAGGAUACGAAGAAAACUGAAAAUAGAAUAAUGGAGUUGGAAAAUCAAAUAAAGGAUACAGUAGGCAAAUGUAACGAAUCGCAAACAGCAUUGAAAAUGAUAGUAGAUGAUAUUCCAAAUGUAGAUCAAGGGAUUAUGCAAACAGAAGCUAUUAAGUACCACAAUUUGCAGGCAUUAGUUUUUAAACAACGAAAAGCUAAAAUGCUACAAGACAUUAAAAGUGGCCGAUACAAGAUGCUUUUCAAAAGUGAAGCUGUACUAAGUGAAGAAUUCCAAAAUGAACAGAUUCUUCGUGAUUAUUUGAAACAUGUAAUGGAACGGACGAGUCAAGACUUUCCUUUAUUGAAAAAUAAUAUUCAAAAAAUACUUUUGACAUUAGAAAUACUAUAAAAUCGCAAUAAUUG